UGUAUCACACAUCAGAUUUUUCCCAGUGGAGCGGGAGAACAAGCUUCAAUGAAAACUGCCUGUUUGCGGCUUGAAAGGGAUUGCAGGCACCACAGCCACUACUACUUCUGCUUUUGCCUGCCUGGCCAGGAGCAGAAAACCUGAAACUCCAUCAUCAGCUGGAAGAGGCAGCAUCAUUGCCUAGCAAACCUGGGAUAAUGUAUUUCUCUCUUCAGAGUCAUUUCUUUUCCCUGCUUGAAAGAGAAUGAAACCAGCCUAAACUCUGAAAGGGACUGAAUGAAAUACACGCUGCUGGAGCAGAAGAAUUCUUGUGUAAUAUCUGUGCAGCUUGAGACAAUGGUUUUGUCUGUCCCAGUUAUAGCUCUGGGUGCCACCUUGGGGACUGCAACAAGCAUCCUUGCCCUGUGCGGUAUUACCUGCCUGUGCAAAUGCAGGCAACCUAGGAAAGGACUUGAAAAGGACCAAGAGACGGACACUGAAAAUGCGAAGUCCAGUAUGCUUCAGCCAGUCCAGCAGUUCAGCAUUAAGAAGACUACUGAACCCAUCCAGCCUCGGACUCUCCUGAAGUUUCCCAACAUCUAUGGCCCAAAGCCAGUUGUGACCGCCUCAGAAAUUGUUAACUAUGUGGACUAUGCCCUGAAGACAACUGAAGAGCCAGCCAGGGGAAAACAGGAAUUUCUGGACCAGAACAGAAUGAAGAUCCAAGUCAAUGAGGAGUUAUUUGUUCUCCCUCAGAAUGUUCCAGGUGCAGUAAAGGACGUGUGUGUCACAGAGCACCUGAACCCCGAAAAAGCAGCCAGCUGUAACCAGGUCCCCGAACUCCACUAUUCCUUUGGGUAUGAUCGACAGAAAGCCGAGCUAUGCGUGGCCUUUCUUGAAGCUAUGCAUGGAAGCAUGACAGGGGAUCAGGAUGUUGGCUGUGAUUGCUAUAUCCUGGGCACCUUGGUGAGCAAGUCUGGCAUCACGGAGGCCCAGACAGUGCUGAAGAAGAAAGUGCACCACAUUAUCUGGGAGGAAGCUCUGCUGUUCCCAUUAGCGGGGGAGGAGGUGCAAGAAGGAACACUGACUCUCACUUUGAGGAACUGCGACAGGUUCUCUCGGCACAGCAUUGUUGGAGAAAUUAAACUGAGCCUGACUAAUGUGGGGGAACCCUUCAGUGUGGCCCAGUGGGAGAAACUGAAGACACCUCAGAAGGAGCCGGAUGCAGGCUAUGGGGAGAUACUCCUCUCCAUCAGCUAUCUGCCAGCAGCAAACCGCCUGCUUGUGGUGCUCAUAAAAGCCAAGAACCUCCAUUCCAAGCAGCUGAAAGAUCUCCUGGGGAAAGAUGUAUCUGUCAAAGUGACCCUGAAGCACCAGUCUCUGAAACUGAAGAAGAAACAGACCAAGCGUGCAAAACACAAGAUCAACCCAGUCUGGAAUGAGAUGAUCAUGUUUGAAGUACCCCAUGAGCUGCUACGCGCGUCCAGUGUGGAGCUAGAAAUGCUAAGCCAAGAUGGCCUCGGGCAGAGCCAAUCACUGGGCAAGUGCAGCCUAGGUCUGCAUGCCACAGGUACAGAGAGGAACCACUGGGAGGAGAUGCUGAGGAACCCCCGGAGGCAGAUAGCCAUGUGGCACCAACUUCAUAUGUAGCCAUGCAAUCACUAUCAUGACCAGUCAACUGCCUUUCAUAAUGGGAAGUCUUGGAGACAGGAGGAGUAAGCCAAGUUCUAUUUCACCUUGCUGGAACAUGAACCACAUCCAUCCAUAAAAUGAUCAGUCACAACACCCCUUUAUGGGCACUGCCUUUUUUGGGUUUCCUGCCACACGAAUUCACUUAAGCUAGACCAGGCAAAGUCCUGGCACAUUCAUUGUAGGGGAGAGUUCCAGAACUCUCUCCUAGGGAUGGAAUGCAUCUCCCCACCAGACCUCUAACUUCUACAAGGACAAGACUCUGACUCUGAAAAGCCACUGAUGAAAAUAAAUAGGGACUGUCAGGCCACGGUAGGGGUUAUAUUGAAACGGGAGCUGGAAAAGGAAAAAAUGGGAGCAUUCUUUUAUUUAUAGAUUUUUGAUGGAGAAAGAAAGUCUAAUUUUUAGUUAGCUUAUUUUUUAUUUUAUAUGUUCAGGAAAUAUCUGCCCUGCUUUCAUUGGAAGACUCUGUGGACGACUGGAGAGCUAGCAGGUAUACAGCAUACUAUAGAAGGGAAACCUGAUUAAGUAAGAGGGAAAGUGAGUUUUAUUCACAGUGUUCAAAUCUGCUUUUUGCCUUUUUAUUAAUUUUGUUUAAAUCAAGCCCUUGACAAACAGUUUAGAAGAAAGACUCUCUUUGUUAAAGAUUUCGCACCUCUAGUAAUAGCGGAGAAAUCUCCCAGUGUUUCUAGCUCUGUUACAGAGACCGCCAGCAAAACAGGGAAGCACAGAUUGACAUUGCUAAGGUUAAGAUGUAGAAGGAUUUUUCUAUUAAUACAAAGUUGGGGAUGGAGAAGGGCACAAUUACUCUUUUGUUCAUUUUUGCUCCCGUGGGUAUUUUUUCAGAAUCAUGGGAUUUCUGAGCUCCUUUUGGGAGUGUAGAGUUCAGCCUCAAAACUCAGGCCUUCAGCCAUCUCAGAUUGUGGCAGCCUAGCUUUUCUAGUGGAAGCAACUGAGCUAGCUACAGGUUUGACCUCACAGAAUUAGAGAUGUUAACACACACACUAUCGUGUAUAGAACUAAAAUCUGUCCCUCGUCCUGUGGUAAAGACAUCCCCAAGUAACAGAAGUAGUGUCCAACCUCAGUGCCAGGUUCCUGACAUGACAACAAAAAUUGGGGGCGGGGGGAGUCGCUGCAAUAGCAAACUGGCCAUGUCCAUUUUGCCAAUCAAUGUUUUCCAUAUUGCUUUAUGUGAGUGUAAGGAACAAAGAGUUCAAAAAUGAAAUCAAUGAAAUAAAAAAUAAACCUCCUGAGAUCAACGAAAAGAAGCUAUACAAGAGAGAAGCUUGAUAAAGGUAAAAUGAAACAGAAGUGGAAAAAGAGACUAGAGGGACACAAAAAAACAGAGCAAGAAAUUGGGAGAGAGAAAAGCAAAGAAGCAGAGUUAUUUUCUGGAGACUUUACUGUACAUAUCCAGCCUUUGAAGUGAGCACUGCCAAACCCUGUGUCUAGAUUUCUUCCUGUUCUUUCGUUGCUGGAGUCUUUGAUAUCUUGGAUUUAGCGUUGCUAAAAGCCAUUGAAAAGAUGAAAGCUUCUAAAUCCCUUAUCCAAUAUAUAUAUGUGCAAAGUGGUGUAUUCCUCUUUCUCCCACUGCUCCUGGGGGAGCUCUCUUCACUGUCUCUCACAUGCAGAGCAUUGACACGAUGGGAAAAAAAUGACAGAUAAUGUUCCAUCUGGUUAUUGCCAAUGACUUCCCACAAAUCCUUCCACUUACUGCCAUCCUUUCUGCUUAGAAAUAGACUGAUUUUGGAAGGGAUCAUAUUCCAAGAAGCAGAUGUGACUGAGUAAAUUAGAUGGGAAUGUUUCACCAACAGUUUGGAUUCGAUGCUGAGGUGCUAUACUGAAAUCUUACUUACCAGCAUUGCUUAGACGAGUAGCCCAGAAGGCUGCCAGGUACUACACCACCACAGGACUGAUGACUUUGUCUUCACUGUCCCACUAACUCACCAUCAUCUACUAUUUUCACUUGUGCUU